AUGCUAUUUUGUUAAGAAGGUGAUCACCAAUAAUCUGAAAUAAUAGGGGUUUGCUUAAAUAAUGUUUGUUCUAAAUAAGGAUUGUGUUGUUUUUAUUGCUUUAAAAUGUUUCAUCAAAAUCAUAUAAAUGAUAUAAUGAAUUUCAAGGAUUUUAUUAAUUGGAAAAAAAGAAAAGAAUAGACUUUUAAUAUAUUUAAAGAAAAUAUUAAUUAAUUAUAAUAAUGCGCAAAGUUAUUAUCAGAUUUCAUUAGUGAAUUAGUGAUAAUUGAUGAAUAAGUUGAAAAUUAGAGUUAUUAGAAUCUAACUAAGGAAAUAAAACACUUAAUUAUAAUAGAUUAAUUAGAAAAAUCAAUUAUGUAUAAAGUAUCUGAACUUGCUUCUUUGAUUCCUCCACUUAAAUUAGAAAUAUAAUAAUUGAAAUCUUCAAGAGGUAUUUAUAUAUUUUAAAAAGGUUAAUACUAAAUAAAGAAUGAUUCAUUUUCAGGAUCUAUUGAUUGUAUAUCUCAAUAAGGAUAUUCUGAAGAAAGAAUAAUAUAAAUUGAUUCUAUAGUGAUUCCUAUUUAAAAAUAAUAAUUAAACUUUACAUUCUCAAAUAAAAAUAAGCAUGAAGAUAUCUUAAUUAGUUAUCAAGGUAAAGAAGCAAAAAGUUCAUCUAUUUUCAUAUAAACAAGAUAUGUUAUUUGUAAUGAAUUGAUAACAGAAAAUUCAUUUGCUAGAAUUAAAGUUUAAUGUGGUGAAUCUGUAUCAAUUGGUGUUUGUUUAUAAAAUAUAACUUUUCAAUAAAUGAAACCUUAUGAAGCAAUUUUAGAUGGGUAUAUUUAAUUUUACAUAUAUCAAGUGCAUAUAUUUUAAAUCAUGAAGGAGUUAUAACAACAUAUCCAAAAGAUUUUAAGAAUUCUGACUAAAAAUUUUGUGGAAUUGGUUUUGGUGAUAUUAUUAUUGUAGAAGUAAAUAUGAGAGAGAGAAAAAUAACAUGGAUUAAUAAAACAGCAAAANUAUACAAAUUUAAAAUAUAUUUACAAAAAGUUUAUAUAAUAUUCUCAAAUUACAAUUUAGAUUGUCUAAAAUAAAUUCUUCUAAAUCUUUUAUCAUAAUUACCUUAUGAUUUAGUCUAUCUUUUUUUAAAUUUUUGGAUUCAUAAACUUAAAUAAAGUAGAGAGAAUAAUUCUUAGAUUUUAGAAUUAUUAUGGAUAAUAAUAAAGAAAUUUAAUAAUAUAAUUUUAUUUUUUUAAUUUUUAAUUAACAGAUAUGCUAUUUUGUUAAGAAGGUGAUCACCAAUAAUCUGAAAUAAUAGGGGUUUGCUUAAAUAAUGUUUGUUCUAAAUAAGGAUUGUGUUGUUUUUAUUGCUUUAAAAUGUUUCAUCAAAAUCAUAUAAAUGAUAUAAUGAAUUUCAAGGAUUUUAUUAAUUGGAAAAAAAGAAAAGAAUAGACUUUUAAUAUAUUUAAAGAAAAUAUUAAUUAAUUAUAAUAAUGCGCAAAGUUAUUAUCAGAUUUCAUUAGUGAAUUAGUGAUAAUUGAUGAAUAAGUUGAAAAUUAGAGUUAUUAGAAUCUAACUAAGGAAAUAAAACACUUAAUUAUAAUAGAUUAAUUAGAAAAAUCAAUUAUGUAUAAAGUAUCUGAACUUGCUUCUUUGAUUCCUCCACUUAAAUUAGAAAUAUAAUAAUUGAAAUCUUCAAGAGGUAUUUAUAUAUUUUAAAAAGGUUAAUACUAAAUAAAGAAUGAUUCAUUUUCAGGAUCUAUUGAUUGUAUAUCUCAAUAAGGAUAUUCUGAAGAAAGAAUAAUAUAAAUUGAUUCUAUAGUGAUUCCUAUUUAAAAAUAAUAAUUAAACUUUACAUUCUCAAAUAAAAAUAAGCAUGAAGAUAUCUUAAUUAGUUAUCAAGGUAAAGAAGCAAAAAGUUCAUCUAUUUUCAUAUAAACAAGAUAUGUUAUUUGUAAUGAAUUGAUAACAGAAAAUUCAUUUGCUAGAAUUAAAGUUUAAUGUGGUGAAUCUGUAUCAAUUGGUGUUUGUUUAUAAAAUAUAACUUUUCAAUAAAUGAAACCUUAUGAAGCAAUUUUAGAUGGGUAUAUUUAAUUUUACAUAUAUCAAGUGCAUAUAUUUUAAAUCAUGAAGGAGUUAUAACAACAUAUCCAAAAGAUUUUAAGAAUUCUGACUAAAAAUUUUGUGGAAUUGGUUUUGGUGAUAUUAUUAUUGUAGAAGUAAAUAUGAGAGAGAGAAAAAUAACAUGGAUUAAUAAAACAGCAAAAAACAAAAUAUUUGUAUUUUUUAUUUUUUUUUAUUAGAAUUUAAUUAUAAAUGAAAAUGUUUAGGGACUUUAUUUUAUUUUUGGUUUAACAAGUAAUGUAUUUGACAGUUCUUUUUUGAAAAUCAUAUGA